AUGCCGUCGACGACCACUCUGCUUCAUCCUCCUUCCUCCUCAACGGCGCCGGUCCGUCUUCCUAUAUCUGGGAGAACGUCGACCGUCGCUCCUCACCUUCGCUCCGCAGCAGCCGCAGCGACUGAACUCGGAAUUCCAGGGCGAACGGCGGCUUGGCUGCGACGGGGGAGCUGGGCGAUGUUCAUCCAGGGAGAACGACGCCUUGGUUGCGACGGUAGGGCGGGACGGAUUUGGGGGCGAUUGGGAGAGGGGGGUUCCUGCGACGGGUGGGCGAACGGCGGCGGCGGCGCUCAUCCAGUGGGGCGACUGGAGCGACGGCGACCAACCGACCUGAAAAUCAAAAUCCUCGUCUCCCUGUUCUGCCUGGGUGUUCAUAUUCCCGCUUUGGUUUGCGAAGAAGAGAAGGGAAGAGCCGCGGAGAGCAGUUUCCUUUCUCCCGGAGAUUGUUGCUGCCAACUGUGA